AACUAUAAUCUCACUCCUGACUGUCUUAUCAUUUUAGAGGCUGCAGUUGUAGCAAAAUCUAACAUCCUACUCGACGUAAAACCAUGGGAUGAUGAAACAGGUAAAAAUUAACAUUCACAAAUAAUGGCAUGAAGACAUGGGAACCCCGAACUGUAUAACUCCUAAUAUACUUUGGUAAAAAUUUCCCUUUUAACCUAGAAAUAACCCUAAUUGGGUUAACUUAAUAUUCCUGGUUUAAUCAUAUAGAAGGUCAAAUAUGAUUGGCUAAUGAUGAGGGCAUUUUGUCUUAAUUAAGGGCAAAUUAAACUACUUACAAGUACCUGAUUGGCUGAGACACAAGCGCGGGAAGUUUCUGUUUUAAUAAAUACCGGAGCAAUAAAAACAAUGGCUUCUCGCUUUGUCGUUGGGGAUAAUGAUGUUAUUGAAGAAUUAAAAACUUCUAGUGAAAACUUGAACACUAGAAAAAGUACAACUAUAUGGGUUGGAGUAUUUACUGUAAGAAAUGGGCAGCAUGAAAGUAAGAUCGACGAAGACAUACGAGGUUCAAGAACUUGACAAGUUCACAUUUUACUUACGAAUAAAUUUUGCCCUCUAUGAUUAACAAGUAAUCGCAUAGUUCCUCCUAAAAUUAAGCUUUAAUUUCACUUGUGUCUUCAAAGUUUGAAAACACGCGUGAAAUUAAACAUUAAUUUUACUCGGCCCCAUAUGCGAUUACCUAUACAAAUUUCCUGAUUAUUUGAUCGCACUUCCUGCGAUAGUGUAUUAGCCUGGUUAAUGUAGCCAGGAAUCUGGUUAAAUGUAACCGGGAAUCUGGUCAAAUGUAACCAGGAAUCGGGUUAUAUUUGGCCAUAACCUGCAAUCAUGCGGCUAGGCGGCCGUUUUUGCCGUGUACUUUUACAUGCAUUUUAAUGCGCAUCACCAUUGACAUUAUUUUAGCAGACAAGUAGACUUUUUCCAUGAGUCAAUUUUAAGUAUUUACAACCUCAAUUUAAAUACAAUUCCUGAUUUAAUUGUUAUCGGGUCAUUUCAGGCUACCGUCAUGGCUGCGGCCUAAUUGCCAAUUGGGCUUAGUAUGAUUGGCUGAUUAAACAGGUCAGCCAGUCAAUGAAACAAAAACACGGCCAGGCGUAAUCUUGUACAAUAAAUAUUCGGCUUACCUGUAUGUUAAAUGGGUUCUUGGUUGUACGUAGUUUGUAAAAGAAAGCCUGUUUUUUAUCUUCUUAAUUUCGAUUUGUUGACACGGAAAAUCUUUCCGCGAAUACAAUACUUUUUCCUAUCUUCUUUUUCAUGACGCUUUUCUGAGCCCUCGGGCUUACUGUUUCCAAGUACGUACUGCCUGUUUAAUUUAACACCACUCGACUUACAUCUAAGUCACACUUUGUUUUCCUUCUUCACAGAUAUGGUUGAAAUGGAGCGGUUAGUUCGAACCAUUCAGAAAGACGGUUUAGUAUGGGGUGCCAGCAAACUCGUUCCGCUUGCAUUUGGUAUAAAAAAAUUGCAAAUUUCUUGUGUUGUCGAAGACGACAAAAUUAGCACAGAUGAUCUUGAAGAAGAAAUAGUAAAAUUUGAGGACUUUGUACAGUCAAUGGACAUUGCUGCUUUUAACAAGGUCUAGGUGUGGGAGUAUAUGUAAGAAUGGAGAUGUGCGAGAGAAUUUGAAAUAAGAAUAAAUGUGAAUUACUAUAUUUUGAACUUUGUCA